GGGAGAAGAUGGCGUCCAAGGUGAGCCUGGUGCUGCGGCCGGUGAAGAGUAUCGUGGUCCGGUUCUGCCCCUUCGAGCCUAACGUGGAGAGCACCAGAAAAUUUCUCCAAUGUCUUUACCAUAAGAAAGUCCAAGCUACUAAUACAAACUGUGAAGUGACUGCUGAUGUGAGACAUGAUGGAUCUGAACCAGUUGUAGAUGUUAUGUUUGCUGAUGGAGAUCGACUGAUCAUGAAGGGAGCCCACCUGACGACAGGGGAAAUGUUAUCAGCAUUGGAGUCCAGAUGUAAUGCAAAAGACCUUAAGGAAGAACAGAAAAACAAGAAGAAUCCCUGAAGAAUGGAAAAACAACUGUGUUUGCAUCUACAUGUGUUAGAACAGCAGGCGGCACAGAAGGCUAUUUCCUAUGCAACAAAAUCUGAGAGAUGGCCAAAAGAGUAGAUGUUCCCUGCCUUCCCUUGAAGGAGAACAUGUUAGAUCAACAGUUCUUCUAACAUUAGUGGGUCAGAGUGGCAUAAGAUGCACACGUGCAUCUUUCUAAGCAGCUGCAUGUUGGACUAAAUCACAUGUAUUUGCAUAUCAAUAUGCAUAAUGCACAUUAGCAAUUAAAUUAAUACUGCAUUGAAGCCAGUUCUCUUUGGAUAUUAUUUCCUGCAAAAUUUCUAUAAGUCAAAAUAUUUUUAGAGUGGUUAUUACUAUUAUUUGAAAGCUAUAGAUGUUAUUACAAAUUUGAAGAAAACUUUAAAAAGUAUUCAUCAUUGACUUAGCUGAGGGACAGCAGGCUGUGAAUGUGGAGUGGUUUUUGUACUACUGUGUUUAUAAUACAUCUGUUGCUAAGUCCCUACCACUUUCUUCCUCUUUUUUUGAAGGAAGUAGGAAAUUUGCUAAACGUAAAUUUAGCUCAGCUAUUAAAGUAACUAGGUUAUGGGACUUUCAACACACAGUAAAGUUACUCAUCCUGCAUAACAAUAACUAAGUUUAGCUCAAGUUAGUUUUUUUGAUAAUUAGAGAAAAGGGCUAUCUUUGAAGUUCAGUUUUGUAGUGGUUUUUGUCACUCACUUUUGGGUUAUUUCAUUAACUAUUUUAUAAACAUCAGAGGGAAUGCUUUGGUGUUUAUAGUCCCAUGUACAACCCUAUUAUUUAUUAAAGUAACUGCUUAGAUGUCUCAUCUGUAUUGCAAAGCUCUGUGGGUUUGGAAGGGUCGAUCUCCUCGGGCUGUGCAGGUGAAGGUGUCAGCUGCACAUGUGUUUCAUGUGCAUCAGUUUUGUUCAUAACAAAAAUGUAGUUCCAGUUUUGAGAAUUGCAGGUGUGGUACUCUUGAGAGGCUUUACUUCUACCUUUUUAUAAGCAGAUGCCUGAUUUCUCUAAAACUAGUACGUGUAUUUCCGAAGUUGGCAGCAGAUUUAGGACACAAAUCUGAAAGUAGUUUUACCUUACUUUUGCCAAGCUUAUUAAAUGGACACUGUCCAUUCUGAAAGCAAUAUGGUUUUAUAUAGCAUUGUCAAGGUAAUUCUUUGCAAGUUCUUCAUUAGAAUUUUGAAGUCAAGGUGAUGUCUUAUGUUGGAGAAGGAGAGCUGUGCUAAAGACAUUGUGUGUUUCCCAUGUGUUUGCAAUAAAUAGAAAAGCGUGAGAUAAGAUGAUUCAAUAAAAUUUGGA